UUUUAAAAAUCAUAGGUGUCGCUGCUAGAUGAGUCAAGUAGUUGCGAGUGCGAAGGUACAUGGUACAUGUGUCAUUUCAGUAGGUUAACCUAAAAUUGAAUCUUCUUUUCGUAACAACAAUAAGGCAUUUUAAAGACAGACAGUUGAAUAAACUAUCAUCGUUUGCGUGAAGUAGUUUUUAAAAAUACCAUCAUGGUUAAAAAAAGAAGAGAAUUCAAAGAGAGUAAAGAGGAACGUAUGGUUAUGACAAUCGGAGAAAUUAUACAGGAACUACUGAAAGCGCACGCAGAAAAUCGAGACAUUGAUUUAAAUAAACUAAAAACUCGAAUCGCUUCUAAAUAUGGGUUAGAAAAUUCACCCAGAUUGGUCGAUAUUAUAGCAGCUGUACCUAUCGACGCUAGAAGCAUAUUAGUACCAAAGUUGAAGGCAAAGCCGAUUAGGACUGCUAGCGGCAUAGCGGUUGUAGCUGUUAUGUGCAAGCCACACAGGUGUCCUCAUAUUAACAUGACAGGAAACAUUUGCGUCUAUUGCCCCGGUGGACCUGAUUCAGAUUUUGAGUAUUCUACUCAAUCGUACACUGGAUACGAGCCCACAUCUAUGAGGGCGAUUCGCGCAAGAUAUAAUCCAUUUUUACAGACACGGCAUCGCGUCGAACAGCUAAAACAACUAGGGCACAGCGUAGAUAAAAUCGAAUUCAUUGUUAUGGGAGGUACUUUCAUGUCUUUGCCAGAAGACUACAGAGAUUUUUUUAUUCGAAAUUUACACGAUGCAUUGUCCGGACACGUCAGUAGCAACGUCGACGAAGCAGUAAAAUACUCCGAAAGAAGCAAAACGAAGUGUAUUGGAAUCACUAUAGAAACACGACCCGAUUAUUGCCUUAAAAAACAUCUCUCUGAUAUGUUGCGUUACGGGUGUACUCGUUUAGAAAUUGGCGUACAAUCUGUGUACGAAGACAUAGCUCGAGAUACUAAUAGAGGGCACACUGUACGUGCAGUAUCCGAGAGUUUUCAGUUAUCAAAAGAUGCUGGCUUUAAAGUAAUAGCACACAUGAUGCCGGAUUUACCAAAUGUGGACAUUGAAAGAGACAUUAAUCAAUUCAUUGAAUUUUUUGAAAACCCGGCUUUUAGAGCAGAUGGUCUAAAGAUUUAUCCGACAUUAGUUAUACGUGGUACUGGUUUGUACGAAUUAUGGAAAACUGGAAGGUAUAAAAGUUAUCCUCCAAGUGUUUUAAUUGAUCUUAUAGCCCGUAUUUUGGCACUGAUACCACCUUGGACACGCGUAUAUCGUGUACAGCGAGACAUACCUAUGCCUUUAGUUAGUUCAGGCGUAGAGCACGGGAAUUUACGUGAAUUAGCAUUAGCGAAAAUGAAGGAUUUGGGAGUCGAUUGCCGUGAUGUAAGAACUCGAGAAGUGGGAAUUCAAGAAAUACAUCAUAAAGUACAGCCUUAUGAAGUAGAACUUAUACGACGCGAUUAUGUUGCAAAUGGUGGGUGGGAAACAUUUUUGUCGUACGAAGAUCCUACACAGGAUAUUUUGGUUGGUUUACUGAGAUUGAGAAAAUGCUCCAGUGAGACUUUUAGGCCAGAACUUAAAGAUAAAUGUUCUAUAGUCAGAGAACUUCAUGUGUAUGGCAGUGUAGUACCUGUAAAUGCUCGUGAUCCUACAAAAUUUCAGCACCAAGGUUUCGGAAUGCUAUUAAUGGAAGAAGCUGAAAGGAUAGCAAGAGAGGAGCAUCAAUCUCAUAAGAUUUCCGUUAUAUCAGGCGUUGGGACACGGAACUAUUACAGAAAGAUGGGUUACGAACUCGACGGUCCAUACAUGUCUAAAAUGUUGGUAGAUUGCAAAUAAACUUCGAUCACGUGCAUAGAAUAAGAAACAUCAUCCGUACAACGAGAACGAGGAUGUCGAGCAAAGAGUGGAUCGGUGAACGCUAGAUGCGAGGA